AUUAACAGGAUCCCAGGCUUGGUUUCUGUCAUCAUUUUCAGAAAUAUCUAAUAGACGAGCUGCCCAGCGGUGUAUCCGAGAAAGCCAAAGAGUGAGUUCCUGAGAAAACUGAAGUUAGUACCAGCGAAAGUCAAGAGUUAGUAUCAGACGUCGGCAAGGCUCUCCUGUUCUACUUGGACUCUCCGAGUGCCAAUAUCAAGUAAGAAUUUCUAUUCUCUUACUGGGAAUUCUACCAGAAACUGUCCAGAACUAUUGAUUUGGAAUCGAAGACAAGAUGACCAGCCCCUGGAUGAAGCAACAAUUGAUGUUACUGUCCUUAUGUGUGACGACCACCAUAGCUGUCCACAUAGCCUCGGAACAUUAUUUGCAACCCAUACAACACAUACGUUUAGGCAAUGCAAGAAAUAUUCAUCACUAUCACAAAGUUUACGACACAAAUGGCAUGUGAUUCUCUGGUUUGAACAACAAGGUACGAGGUUGUAUGUGAAACUUCCAACUGAAUAG